ACGCGUUCUUUUCACGCGGCUUUUAUGGGAUCAACACGCUUUGCACAAACGCAUCACAGGCCGGCGUGGCGCAGCCAAUCAUUGCGGUCCCUAUCGGGUGAUCAGAGAUGGCGAAGGCCUUCGCGUAUCGGCUAUUGACUAUGCGGUCAGGGGUCGUGAGAACAGAAGCUGCGUUUGAGGUCCUUGGCGCCACGGUCUAGGAAGCGGUGUGAAAACACGACGAGCUUCGUCGUAGAUCGGGAAAUCUAUGCGGAUGCUGGCCAAGUUCGGAGACAGAGCCAGUCGAUGUCAGCGUCUCUGAACUAAGGCUGAACGAGAGGAAAGAGAGACCCUCGAUUUCGAAACCCUGAGGAUCCGCUUGGACGGUUGAUCGGCCAGGAUGAGUCUGUUCAGGGGUUACGUGGAUCCUCGUACUUUUGUUCUUCUGGUUGGAUUCUGCACGUUGGCUGUCCAAGAGGGAGCUGCAUCUGCAAAAACAAAGCUCGCUUCAGAAAAGAGUACGAGUAGGAGGUGCUACGGAGAGCUGGGUUGCUUCGAGAACGGCGGCGUCUUCUACCACUCGGUCUACCGACCGAUAAACUUCUUCCCAAACGAGCGAAGCGAGGUGAACACGCAGUUCCUGCUCUUCACGAGGGACAACCCGGUCCAGGAGGACCCUCUGUCCUGGAAGUCCCCUCUGGAGGACAUAAGGGAGUCCCACUUUAACGCCAGCAGGGAGACCAAGAUGAUCACCCACGGCUGGCUGGACACCAUCUUCUUCGGAGCGUGGAUGAAGGACAUGAAGACAGCGUUCCUGCUGGUCGGAGAUUACAACGUGAUCAUCGUGGACUGGAGAGGAGGAAACGGCCUUCCUUACACGCAAGCCACUGCUAACACUCGGCUCGUCGGAGCCGAGAUAAGUCUAAUGAUUGAGAAGCUGGAGACAGUCUUCGGCGCGGAUCCACGGACUUUUCACAUCUUGGGACACAGCCUCGGAAGCCAUGCGGCUGGUUAUGCCGGCGAGAGGUUGAAACGGCUCGGCAGGAUCACCGGUAUGGACCCGGCUGAACCAUACUUCGAGAAAAUGCCCAAGGAAGUGCGAAUCGAUCCGACGGACGCCGACUUUGUCGACAUUGUUCACACCGAUGGAGCUUCGUUCUUCCCUGAUGUCUUGAAGGGAGAAGGUCUCGGCUUGUACGACCCCGUGGGACACGUGGACUUUUACCCCAACGGGGGUGUCAAGAUGCCGGGCUGCGACUUGGGGUCAAGAAUCUUCAAAUUCGUCACCGAAGGACUAGUGGGUGGUGCCCGCGCCAUGGGGAUCUGCCACCACCAGCGUGCCAUCGACUACGUCAUCGAGUCCAUCACGAACAAGCAGUGCUCGUCGCUGGCCUUCGAGUGUUCGACGCACGAGAUGUUCCACAAGGGACGCUGCUCCGACUGCGGCAGCGACGGCUCGCGCUGCGCCCAGAUGGGCUUUUGGGCAGACCAAUGGAAGCGCUUCAAGAACGACUCCAGGACGAGACGGAUGUUCCUGGACACCAACGCUGACGAGCCGUUCUGUGCUUAUCACUACCUCGUGAACGUCCAGAUGUCCAAGGACUCUCGCUCGUCGCCGGUCACCGGAAAUUUCUUUCUCACCUUGGAAGGCAGCAAGGGGGAAGCGACUGUCAAGGUAAACCGCAGGACCGAAGAGCUGUACCCAGGCGCCAAGUACACGUUUCUGGUCACCACGCCCAGCAGGGUCGGGGUCAUCAAGAAGGCGUCCUUCAAGUACAAGACGGACAAAAUUUUUUUCAAGUCCCGGAUGUUCCUGAAGCACGUCGAGAUCCUCCCGAUGAACAAGCCCACACGGAGAACGCAGAGGAGUGACCGAACGCUGGUCUUCUGUCCAGCGGCGACAGACGGCCUCAUAUCGGACAAGGAGACGGUGCUUGAUGCUUGCUAAACGUUCGACACCACGUGCCAUAAUCACCACAAACUCUAUGCAGACACGUUCAUGGGGGCAGGUGUCCUCAAGUCUGGCGACGAGAUGUUUUGGGUCCUCAUAUGGUUCCUAUAUGUGUGACAUCACGACCGGAUAAUGCACGGUGUAAGCUUCGAGUCAUCCAGCAUCAACAAAGUUGACAGUCUCAAAUUGCUCUCAUUUUCAUUAAUAAAAGUUGAAUUCAUCAUACCCAAGUUAGCUUUUGACCAACUCGAGUAUGAUGAACUCCUACCUGUGA